AUGCCACACUUUACAGAGAGCACCAAGUCUCAAUCUCAAGAUGAGAUUGGCUUCGCAAUGCAAGAGCCUAUCGCCAUAGUGGGCUCUGCAUGUCGCUUCCCAGGCGGCGCGUCAAGUCCAUCGAAACUGUGGGAUUUGUUAAGACAGCCACGAGAUGUCCUCUGCAAGAUACCCCAAGAUCGAUUUAACCCAGAAGGUUUCUACCACAGUGAUGGUACACAUCAUGGUACCAGCAAUGUUACGGAGUCGUACCUUCUCCAAGAGGACCCUCGUGUUUUUGAUCUGGAUUUUUCAACAUCAAGCCAGUUGAGGCCCAUGCUACAGAUCCACAACACCGGAUUUUACUCGAAACUGUUUAUGAGGCUCUUGAAUCAGCUGGCUUACCCAUGGAAAGAAUUUCUGGCACUCAAACCGCUGUUUAUGUUGGUCAAAUGUGGAGCGACUAUAAUGAUCACCUUCAACGGGACAUCGAUAGCCUACCUACCUAUGCCGGCGUAG